AUGACUUCGACAGCCGACCUCCGAAUCUCCACGCUGUUUGAUGUCAGCAACCAUGUUGUUCUCGUCACUGGAGGGGCUACCGGCUUAGGUGAGAUGGCAGCUCAGGGAUUCAUCCAAAAUGGAGCCAGAGUCUUUAUUGCCAGUCGCAAAGAGUCCCAAUUGAAAAAGACGGCAGACAGGUUGAAUGCCCUUGGACCUGGAAAAUGCGAGUACAUCGUGGCCGACCUCAAGGACAAGGCUGGGUGUGACGUGCUGAUUAACGAGGUCAAGAAGCGAACCGACCGGUUGACUGUGCUGGUGAACAACACGGGAGUUACCUGGGGAGCAGACUACUACGACUUCCCCGAGAGUGGAUGGGACAAGGUGAUGGCCCUGAACGUCAAGUCCGUCUUCUACACAACCGUGGGACUUGAGUCUUUGCUGCUCAAAGGAACCAACGCCGACAAUCCAUCGCGAGUGAUCAACAUUGCUUCUGUUGCCGGCAUCGCGACUGCAGAUGUCACAUCCACCGACGACGGAGGGCUUUCAGCUCCGGGUCAUGGUACAUAUAGCUAUGGCCCCUCAAAAGCAGCUUGUAUCCACCUCACCAAGAUACAAGCCUCGAAACUGGCUCCGUUGAACAUCAUGGUCAACUGUAUCUGCCCUGGCGUCUUCCCAUCGCGAAUGACAAACUUUGGGCUGGAAAAGUACAUUGAUACACUGUUGGAACGACAGCCUACCGGGCGCGUAGGAAAGCCCUCCGACUUUGCAGGAUUGGUCAUUUUCCUCAGCAGUCUCGCGUCGGCGCACAUGACCGGCAACGUCAUUGAAAUCGACGGUGGAAGUAAUCUCAGUGGAUGGAAGUCAAAGCGCAAGGGAAGCAAGAUAUAG